AUGACUCCAUCUCUUCCACCACAGUACGAAAUUCGUGUUCUUGGACCAGAACAUGAGGAAUGGGCUCGAGCAAUUUGCAUUCAAACAAAUCUAUUCCACUCCCCGCUCUGGCCAGUUGUUUAUCCUGAGAACAAAACCCACCGGGCCUAUGAGACAUUCCAACGCUCGCACUAUUUAAUUAAACAUCAGAUCGAUUCAGGAAAGUCACUCGGUAUCUUCGAUAAAGAAUAUCAGUUUAAACGACCCGAAUCUGCAGCCACAGGUGGCAAGCUGUACUGGAACCUGGAUGACGAGAAUGCAACCGAAAGUGAGCUUGCAGACCAAAUGGACUUCCCACUAGUCUCGAUCGCCAUGGCCUACGAUGGCAUUGACGCGCUAGACAUGUCUCAGAUAGAACCUCUGGUAGCAGCACUGCCCUUGUUCGGAACGCUCUAUCAUGCCCUCGAGGAGCGAGACCAGCGCGAUCCUGCAUCAUGGAAACCCACAGCCCGCGGACAGGUACUUAUGCGCAACGCAACCAACACGCUCCAAUCUCAUUCUGGCCGUGGACUUAUGAGACUGCUGGCUGAAGAGAUGAUGAGACGUUCAGCAGCUGAAGGAUACCGGGGUAUCCAGAUUGAGAGUGUUUCUGAGGCUGUGCAAAAGGUGUGGUCAAAACCACCGGCGCCCUUUAAGGGAACUAUCAUUUCGCAAAUUCACACAACGACAUUCGAAGAAAAGAACGAGGAAGGGGAAGUCGUGUAUCCGUUGCGACCUGCGAAUGUGAAUAUUACCAAGAUUUGGGUCGACCUCUAG